UUUAUGGUACGCCAUGGCGGAUCGAGUUGGACACGGUGAAUUUGUGAAAGAAAAUAAUCAAAAAUUCAACAAUGAAAGGCGGAGUAGUAAGCAAUGGGUCAAACUAAACGUUGGUGGCACAUAUUUUCUAACUACGAAAACUACUUUGUGUAGAGAUCCUAAUUCAUUUUUAUAUCGAUUAGUUCAAGAGGACAGUGACUUGAUUUCUGACAGGGACGAGACCGGCGCCUAUUUAAUAGAUAGAGAUCCUACGUAUUUUUCUCCAGUGCUCAAUUAUCUUCGUCACGGUAAACUGGUUAUAAAUAAUGAUAUUGCCGAAGAGGGAGUGCUAGAGGAAGCAGAAUUUUAUAAUAUUACGGAGCUGAUUAAAUUAGUUAAAGAAAGAAUACGUCAGAAGGAAAGGAGGCCACUGAAAGAUAGCAAAAAGCAUGUUUACAGAGUUCUUCAGUUUCAUGAAGAAGAGUUGACCCAAAUGGUUUCAUCAAUGUCUGAUGGUUGGAAGUUUGAACAGCUGAUAAAUAUUGGCUCCCAAUACAACUAUGGAAACGAUGAACAUGCAGAGUUUCUGUGUAUUGUUAGUCGGGAGUGUGGCAGUACUGUGAACAGCAAUGAUAUCGAGCCCACUGACCGCGCCAAGGUGCUCCAACAAAAAGGUUCACGUAUGUGAGCUUAGUACAAACUUAUUUUUUGAGACUGUCAGCUCUUGUGUGUGAAUUGUGUAUAUAAGUAUUAGUAGAGUGUAAACAGACAGUCUUUAUUAUGUUUCUUUAAUACAUUUGUUCAUUUUAGAUUUUCUGAAUAGUCAAUUCAUCAAUUGAUUGGUAACUUGGCUGGUGUCAUAAAACAAAGAAAUACUCAGUUUGAUAUAACAGAGGUAACUAGAGGUAUAAUUUGAAUGUUUAUUAUGACAUAAUAUUGUUAAAUUU